CUAGCAAUUAAUAUCUCGGUUCGCUUUAACGGGAUAAAGUGACACUUUUUUACAAAUUCGUUCAUUUCGUGCAGAAUUGCUUUGAAUGAGUUUAUUAACUGAUUAACAUCGGAAGUGAAGAGGCUAAUCUCAAUAAUUAGCCUAUUUUCUUGUCAAAUUUAUUUUUUUUUUUGUAAGAAACACAUCGAUUCGGUGUAUUUUUAUCAAAAUUUAAAGUGCAAGAGGUCUUCUUAAUACCCUCUUUAGGAUACGUCUGUUCGAAGCUUCCUGUGAUAAUUCGACGUGCCUGUUUAGAGAAUGAGUAUGCAAGACACGGAAAUUUGUGGAUUUCUCUACGUUAAGUCGACGAGAAAAAGAUACAACGCAAAGAUCGCACAAAGGGUGAGGAAAAGGGCUUUGACUCUGUCGAAGGUAUGGAAACGUUUGUGGUGUUCAAUAAGGAAGUUGAAACCCGGUCUCGGUUUGCAAGUCCAGUUUGAUCAGAAACUUAGCUACCACGACAAUGCUUUGAAGCAAAACGAGAAAGACAGCUCAGUUGUGAUACCACCAAAUGCCAUCGUACAUCGUAUUCUGUCUAGUACGAAGCAAUUCGCAUUUAGUAUAUCAUCGGCAGUGGAUAGGAAGCCUCUGUUGUCAUUGUCCGCUAAUUCGGAGACUGAGACUCAGCGUUGGAUGGCGAAUAUCAGACACUUGUUGAAGCCCAGAAGGCACUGUUGCAUUGAAAGAUCAUAUGAUGUAUCCAUGGUUGAUAACGCACAUUCGAAGGCAGCAGGUUUAAUUGGUUUAUAUGGAGAUUUGAUCGCCAACCAAACAGGAAUUUUCAUUAGAAAUGUUCACACAGGCGAGAUAGCUAAAACUUUCAAAUGGAAAGAAUUCACUCAAUUUCACUUAAUGACAGCAGGUCGUCCAGAAGAUGUGAAGCGUAUUUGUGUAAUACAUACCAGCAAAGAGUUUUGCUGUGGCAUUGGAGAACUUUACAUAUUUUGUCUUGACGCUAAUAAAUUACUUCAAGACUUGGUAACACAGGGCCGUGGUCCGAAACAUCGACAAAAAUUUUUACAUUCUGAUAGCGAGAGUCUUGAAACAAGGAAACACAACGAAAUCAGUAGUCUUUCUUCACCAUUAAAGAGUGAUGUACCUCUUUGUAUGCUUAAUACUGACACUAAUUGUUUAAGAACAUCGAUCAGCACUAAAGUUGUGAAGAAUAUGUAUCACUCGGAACCUAAUCUAAUGUACAGUGAAAAACUUCAUUCCUGUAACAGAAAAUCCAAUACCUCUAUUGCUUCUGGAAUUUAUGAAGAAAUUAUGGAUAAUAUUUGUUCUCCUAAAAUGUCAUUCACUUCCAAUGAAUAUAAGGAUACAGAUAAAAUUUCAUGCAAUUUGCAAAUGGAACCUCCAGCAUUACCACCACGACAGAAGUAUAGGCCAGAAUACAUAGAAGAAGAUAGGAUGGAUACAGAACAGUAUUCUCAUCAAGAAGUUUCCAAUUUUAAAUCAAGGAUACAAAAUACAAUAUGUACGCAAAAAAGUACUCUUACAGAUUCUUCCAGUUAUGUUCCAAUGUCACCACAAUUGAGAGACAAUAUGCUUAAGUCUGAUGUUUUGGAAAAUUCAAAAGAAAAUGACUAUGUAAUUAUGCGAUAACAUUAUAUGACGUAAAUAUGUGAGUGAGUCAAUGUAUAUUUUGA